AUAUCACUGAAUCAGUUUAGUUGCAAAUGUUGGCAGGAUACUUCCACAACAAGCUGCUUGGUAUGGAUCAUCAGGAUGUUGCUCUAUCGAAUCAACUACUACAGCACCACUAGUAACUAACGUUACUUUUAUCCUCAUUGUUCUCAUCCAUGGGGCAAAGACUAGUUUUGUGAGAAGAAGGAUUACAUUGAGUAUUUACUUCAUGCUAAAGUGUUCGCAGCUUGAUUUCGCAAUCAUGUACUUGAAUUGAGCAACGAACAUACACCCGAGGUCAAUGAUCUUGAACUGAAGGCACUCACACGGUACUAUUUUACCAGACGUUUUACAUAGAAAUGGCCAGUGCAACUGCAGAGUCGAAAGCUGGAAAACCUCCAUGCCGGGCCUGUUCAGAUUUCCAGUCGUGGGCAAAGGAUACUAGUAAGAAGGGGACUGUGCCCAAGGUUGCACCAGCCGCACAGGCACCAGCUGAGGAGAAGCCAUGCCCUGAGGAUCGGGUGUCUUUAGGAAGGGCAACCUGGUCCUUUCUUCACACAAUGGCUGCAUACUAUCCAGACAAGCCCAGUGAGCAGAAACAGAAAGAAGCGAAGCAGUUCAUGAGGCUCUUUUCUCGGUUUUAUCCUUGCGACGAUUGCGCUGAGCACCUGCAAGUAUGGAUGAAGGACAAUCCCCCUGAUGUCAGAAGCCAACAUCAGCUAUCCCAAUGGAUGUGCAGUGCCCACAAUGAAGUCAACGUUAGGCUGGGGAAAAAAGCAUACGACUGCUCGCUUGUCAACGAAAGAUGGAAACAUGGGUGGAAAGACGGCUCUUGUGAUUAAGCCGGAUAGUAUAUAGAGAGUAGCCGUACAAUCAUGACAGAGCCACACCAUGAAAUAUGCCAGCACCUCACAGUACCAAACUUAACGUUAUUUUGAGCUGAUAUUCUAGAAAAAUAUUCCUACGUUGAAGAACGUGAACACGCCCACACACACACCCACACACACCCACACACAUACAUAAUUAUGCUGUUGCUACUUUCUUCACUAGCUGCUUAUGUCGCUGAUGCUUGCGGAUUGCCGAGUUUAAGGUAUUGCUCAAGAUAGUUAGGCAUACAUUCCAUUGAUCAAAUAAUCUUCCUUCUGCUUGUGAACUCUCGUUCGAGCGAA